UAGCUUUCACUAAAAGGCCAAUAAAGUGCCUGAGGUAUACAUGUGAGUGGACAUUAAGAUUAGUCAGCUUUCACUCGUGUGGCUAGAGGCUUCAUCAUUUACAUCUAUUAGAUCUCUACUCGAAUAGAACAAGGACUGUCAUUGUUAUGUUACAGCCAGAGGAGUUUUUAACUAGUUUUGUUGAACAUGCUUGUUUAAACCAGAGAGGAAGUUGAAGGCUAUCAGGCAUGCAAGCAGGGCGUGUCACCUCAGAGUGGUGCGGGAGGGGACAGGUGUGAAUGAUGUGUUGAUGUUCAGGGAGUCAUCACACCCUCCUGCAUUCCAGCUCCAGCUCCACUCAGCUCACAAACACGUGACACCACACAGCCUCAGUAAAGUCUUCCAACAUCAAUUCUUCUCACCACACAGAGAAACUGGAGCAGCAGACAGAUUUACAUCACACUCACAUGGUGUCCAACCACCAGGACUGGAUAAAACUAGGUUUUGUGCUGGACUGUAAUUCCUGGAUUCCUUUAGCAUUGUGGAUAUGGGAGGCAGAGAGGAGGUAGUGGUGAGCAUAGUCGGGUCCACUAUGCAGUUUCCACGCAACAGGUUGACUGGUUUCAGGCUCCGUCCUACCCAAAGCCCAGCGGGGAGCAAGCAUGUGAAGCCACCCUUCCACAAGAAAAAAGCCAGAAAUUCCAGCCCCACCGCGAUGAGCGUGGAGCCCUUGGCCUGCCCGCAGGACCAGGCAGCCGAGCCACACAGCACGCACACGCCAUCCUCCCAGGAUCAGGAGCAGCACCCCGACAAACUCUGCCUGGACUCGUUCUGGAGUGAGGUGGAGACCAUCCGACAGGGGAGUGGCUACACAGACCUCGAAAGCACCAGGAGAGACUCCAGACAGUCAGAAGAAGGCGAACAGGAGGAGCAGUGGUUGGCUGAUGCUGGUUUGUCGAACCUCAUCAGUGAGGACAGCGAGGAUGUGGACAACGCGGUGCUGCUGUCCACUCUGACCCGGACCCAGGCCGAGGCAGUUCAGCGUCGACUGGAUUCUUACACGCUGUCCCUCCGCAAGAGGAACAAACCGGCACCGCGUGACGUCCGCGACGUCUUCAACUCCCCCAUCACUCAGACCCUUCUGCCUGAGUCCCAGCAUAGUGAAGACCUUGCCCAAAACAGCAUGGCAUCGGUUGCCAAAACACCACUAUCAGCUGUGAUGCCAGAGCAUCAGCGAGGUGCUCCUAAAGAGGAAGUCUUCAUCACCGAUGUGGCUUACUGCGAACAGGCCGUCAUCUUCCUCAAACAGGCCAAACUGGCCCAGAACAACAGCCAGCACAGAAAAGAGGAUGGCACCUUGCCUCGGGUUAUCUACCCCAAGUGCCGUUUAGGAGUGACUCGGAUUCAGGAUCUCUCCCACACUGACAUGAAGAAGGUGCGUCAGUUGGCUCUCAUCGACAUGACAGCGCUGUGCGACCUCUUAGAGCUGGAGGUCAAAAGGCACAAAACCGGCAAGAGGAAAAUCUCAGAGAGCACGCUCUUCGGGGUGCCGCUGGCCACGCUGCUGGAGAAUGAUCAGAAAAUGAAGCCCAACACCUCGACUCCUCUCUUCCUGCAGGCAUUGUUGUCGUUUUUGGAGAGGAAAGGAGUCGAUUCGGAGGGGAUCCUGCGGGUUCCAGGAUCUCAGUCCAGAAUCAAGCUGCUGCAGCAGAACUUGGAGACCAACUUCUACUCAGGUCGUGUCAGCUGGGAUGAGGUGAGUCCAAAUGACGCUGCCGCGCUGCUCAAGAAGUUCAUCCGGGAACUGCCCGCUCCUCUGCUCACCGCCGAGUACCUCAACACCUUCAGCGCCGUCAGAGACAUCACAGAGCUGAAGCAGAAACUCCACAUGUUGAACCUGCUCAUCCUGCUGCUGCCUGAGCCCAACAGGAACACACUGAAGGUCCUCCUUGAGUUCCUCAAUAAGGUGGUUUCCAGGGAGAAGAGGAACAGGAUGAACCUGUGGGCCGUAGCGACCAUCAUGGCUCCCAACCUCUUCCUCCAUAAGGCCGUCCCCAGCAGACUGACUGAGGGGGCAGAGAAAGGACAUGCGGAGAAGGCAGCUGAUGUUAUGAGGCUCCUCAUCCGCUACCAGGACCUGCUCUGGACGAUCCCUAAUUUCCUCAUGAGCCAGGUGCGUAAACUGAAUGAGAACAGUAACCGGCGUUACCAGUUCUACGAUCGCCGCAUCAAGAACCUGCUGAGAAAGAUCCACACAGACAGCCGCGAAAAACCUGAUAAAAACACCUCAGAGCCGUGCCGUACAGUGAAGAUCCAGGUCGGGGAGCUGGUGAACGGCACCAUGGAGUUCCAGCUCAACAUUAAUUCCCGAGCCUCAGACCUGCUCGCCCAGUUUUACCGCCAGUCCCUCUGCAGCCCCGAAAAUGGAAAGGGCAAAAUGCGAAGAAACGGCUCGGUGGCGUAUCCAGACUGCGCCCUGUACGAGGUGGGAGGGAAUAUUGGUGAGCACUGCCUGGAUCCUGACACACACCUGCUGGAUUUGUACAACAGUAACCAUGGAGGUGAGUGGGUCAUCAAGCUGAAACCCAACGCCAGCAGAGGGCUGUGAACGAUGGACGGACAGAUUGGGCAACAGCUCGCUGAAGAAGGACAAAGGCAGAGCCUAAAAAAAGAUCAAAUCCACGCAGCCUUCUCUUCUUGUCCUUUUCAUCCUUGGAGCAACAAGCGAGAAGGAGACAGAUGGAAGAAGCAGAAACAGAUAGAUGGAGAAUCUGCCAGGAGCAGAGGCUACAAACUGUCUAUGAUCAGAUGAACACACAUCGCCUUCUUUCUCUUUCCUCUACCUUUCUCUCUCUCUCCCCUUUUUCUCCCUUCACUCCAUCUUUCCUCUCCUGUGUUACCGCCGGGCUGCGACGCUGCGAGCAAAAAGCUGCUGACGUGACUCAUUACUUCCGACAGAGAACCUGCUGCAUAGAAAAGAGAGCUGGCCGGUUUGGUUCGCCAUCUUUUUUCCUCUCCAACCAUGAGAGAGCAGAUGGGGAUGCAGAGCACCUCUGGCUAUAGAGAGCCCGAGUCCCGCCCCCUUCUCAGGCCAGCCAGACAAUGCGUUUUCCUAUUCUGGGUUUCAUUCAUCUGUCCUCUGCAAAAAGCUGCAACAAUAUUCUGCCUGAAGUCUUUUGCCAGGUAUAUGCGUACUUUAUAAGAAAUCACAGAAAUCUACGUUCUCCAGAAGAAAUCUACCUGGGGAAAUCAGGUUUCUCUAAUCCAGUUACCCCAGUUACAAACACCAGGUUUCUCGUUUACAUGAUGUUAAAGAAAUCAGCUUCCUGGAGAACGCCGACUGUCACUUAUAUGUGCAUGUAAACACACUGACUGACUCCAUUUAGCUUAGGAUAUGGACAGAAAACCCGAGAAUCAUGUUUUGCUUUUGUUAACGAAAUACUGAUGAUUAAAAACCAGCAACGAGAUAAAAUAUAUUGAAAACCGAAAGCUAGUGGAACAGAAGCUAACCUGGCAACGGAGCGGGACUUCAGCUCAGUUAAUCCACUGAUCCUGCUCACAUGGUCUCUCCACGGACCGUUUUCCAGCUCAGACAUUUUGAUCACAAAGUAAACAAAGACUUCUCUGUAUCGUUUUCUUUCUUCGUCUGUGCCAUUCAAAGAGGGAAAGAGACCCAGAUGAACUGAUAUCCCCUUAUCUGUGAAACCCGGCAAUCUCCUGGGCCUUAUAAAAAUCCAUGGACUUCCAAGGACCCCUGACCUGUACAGAACGGUGCUCAAAGAGACUUUUUUUUUUUUUUUUUGAUACCAGGGGACUUGGUGUCACAACCUCGAGUACAUUUAUUGCACCUCUGAAGGGAGUCGUUAAGGACACACAGUGAAGCUGGUCUUCAGUUCUCAUUUUUAAACACAUGAAUGGAAGUGACUCUUGAGGCAUUCUGGGAUUAAUAUUAUUUAUAUGAAUGUGAUACCAUUGUUGCUCCUGUAUUUGAUGAGUAUUCUGUAGGCUAGAGAGAGUUGCUGCACUCUGUGUAACAGUAUGUUGUGUUAAGUCACCCAUACUCAGUGUGGGAAUUUGCAGUGUUCUUGUGCAUAUUUCUUCACGCUACAUUGUAUUUUGAUGGAUCUCUUUACGUCUGUUUCUCCUAAACAGUACAGUAAGAUCAAUUCCAUGUGUAAAUAUUGCUCAUUCAUACACUCUGCUGUGAAGAGGCACUGAAAUCACUGCAGUAGGACUGUUUUGAUUGUGUUGCCACUCAAAGUAUUCCAAACACAUGCAAGCAGCAAAUGAAUGUGUUGAAACAUUUUGUGCCAAUUGACAGAUGUGAAUCAUUUACUCCUCGCAAUCGGAGCCAUGUUGGUGCUCCGCGGCCAUUUUGUGGGAAGUGUCUCGAACACUCACACACUAAAUAGACGGAGUAAUGACAGCCGGCCCAGCACCAGCAUCUAUCAACACCCUCAGCUCCGUCUCUGUCACCUCCCAAUAAUGGACCGUAAUGGCAGUGCGGUGCAUGCAUCAGCAACACGCCGAGGAAUCACAUUUCUUUGAUAAAGGAGAAGGUAAUAAAUGGCUGUUAUAAAUUCUGCUGCCCUGGACCUGACGACAGCAGCACUGUGUGUGUGCGUGCGUGUGUGUGUGUGUGCAUGUAUGCAUGUGUGUGUGUGAUGAGCUUCAUUACACAAGCCCAAUUGGCCUGUCCCAGGGUCCCAGGCACAGUUCAGUGCCUCGGCACAAAGCGAGCUGAUGAAACUGCCUUCUGCUGACAAUCAGGAGAAGUAGGUCACCUCUGAAGCAGCAUCCCAGAGGGCAAGCAGUGAGAGUCCAAACACCCUGAGGAGCGGAGCACAUGGGCACGUAUUGUCUAAACACACAUGACACACACGGGCACGCUGAACAACAUCAUGUGGAGUCACCAAAACAAGGGGCACAAGUUCACACACUACACCAGUUUUCUGUUGACUCUGUUUGUAUAUAUGUGAAUGUGUGUGUGUGUGUGUGUGUGUGUGUGUGUGUGUGUGUGUGUGUGUGUG